AUGCCUGAACCAGCCAAGAGUGCUCCUGCCCCGAAGAAGGGGUCUAAGAAGGCGGUGACCAAGGCGCAGAAGAAGGACGGCAAGAAGCGCAAGCGCAGCCGCAAGGAGAGCUACUCCGUGUACGUGUACAAGGUGCUGAAGCAGGUCCACCCGGACACCGGCAUCUCGUCCAAGGCCAUGGGCAUCAUGAACUCCUUCGUCAACGACAUAUUCGAGCGUAUCGCGGGCGAGGCGUCGCGCCUGGCGCAUUACAACAAGCGCUCGACCAUCACAUCCAGGGAGAUCCAGACGGCCGUGCGCCUGCUGCUGCCCGGGGAGCUGGCCAAACACGCGGUGUCCGAGGGCACCAAGGCCGUCACCAAGUACACCAGCUCCAAGUGAGCCGGCCCGCCACCCUACAUAACCCAAAGGCUCUUUUCAG